AUGUCGUCCGUCGAAAAGAGAACCACCAGAACUACAUCGGAACAGACCUCCUUUGGUUCUUCCUCCUCAUCCUCCGCCUCAUCGUCAUCAGGAUCCCGCUCCUCUGUCAACAUCUCGUCCUCUACUCUUGCCAAGUUGGCGUUCUUCACGGUCGCUAUGAUCGUAUUCCCUAUCGCAACCUACUUUCUCACCGUCGACCAGUACUUUGGAGGCAACGCGACGUAUGCAGGAAUUAGCGCUGCUGUGAUGGCCAACGUGAUCCUCAUUGCAUACGUUGCCGUCGCCGUCAUGGAGGACUCUCAGGCCGGCCCAGCACCCGUCUCCAUCAAGAAGCAGCAAUAA